AUGCAAAUUCUUUUUCAGCUUCCAAAAAACCUCACUGUCGCAAGCCUCCCCAAAAAUGCGUCAAUUGGCACAGAGUUCACUGUCGAUGGCACCUCGUACCACAUUGAGCUUGGAGUAACCCCAGACGCAGGUGUUCUUGUAGGCGGGGUUCUUCACAAAAUAGAUGCGCUCUACAUUGUCAAGCCGAAGUAA